AUGGGAUUAAAACAAUCAGGGUUUAUUGAAAAAGUUAACUUAAUGACGGGAGAGAAUUUUAUACUUACAAUAGUAGUGUUUAUAGCACUUGGGUUGAUGUCAUUUGUUAUUGAAAAAAUAACUGAAAAGAUUGAACAUCACUUUAGUAAGAAAGAACAUAUAUUGUCGUUAAUUCAACAUUUAUAUCAUGAGUUAAUGAAUUUAGGUAUUGUUUCAUUUUGUUUUGUAUUAUUUGAUAUUGCAGGACUAUAUGGAUAUAUUGCUCAUAAUUUUGAGAAGUAUAAUAAAAGAGAAGCAGAUGUUUUUGGCAUAUUUGAAGUAGUACAUAUUACAUUAUUUGCAAUAGCAGUUUUUUUGAUCGUUAUUGGAUCAUUUGUAAUUUUUAUAUCAUGGAUAUAUCACAAAAUCUGGAAAUAUUAUGAACGUUUUGGAUAUCAAAAUUCAGAAGAAAAUUUUCUUCAUAAAAUGCAACAAUUAAAAAAUAAUAAAUGGAAUUAUCUUAAUAUUGUUUAUUGGAUUAAAUUUGAAUUUGCUUUAAGAAGGUAUCAAUUUAAUAUUAUGAAAGAAGAAUUUAUUAUUAUGGAAGGUUUACCAACAUCAUUCAAUUUUGCUCGCUAUAGUAUUAGUUGUUUCAGAAGAUUAGCUUGUCAUCACAUUCAUGUUUCAGGUAAAAUUUGGUUAUAUGCUAUUACACUAGAAGUGGCAAUGACAUCAACAUUACAUUUAAAGAAUCCAAAUAUUGGAUCAGCAAUUCUUCAUUGUAUUGGUUACUUUUCUUUAUUUGUUUGUAUUAUUGUAACAUUAAAGUGUAGAAGUGUAGUGAGCCAGUUAGUUAAAUUACAUCACUCAACAGUAAAUCUUCCAGUAGUUAAUUUUCUUGAUGAUUAUCGUAAUUAUCCUUCAAACUCAGAAAAAACACAAGAACAUUCUGAAAGUUAUUCUAUUUCAGAAGAUUAUAGUGAUAUGAGAAGAUCUUUACAAUUACAAGGAAGAAAAAUUUCAUUAAACUAUGGGAUUAGAGAUGUUCCUCCACCUCAACGACCAAAACCACCAACAGGAAUUAAAGGUUUAUUACAUAAAUAUUUUGGGUGGGUCCCAUGUUAUAACUCUCCAUAUCAUACAACCGUUGAACGUUUAUUAUGGUUUAAUUCUCAUGGAUUUUUACAUUUAGUAAUGAAAUGCAUUUCCAUUACACAAGCGAUCUAUAUUGUAUUAUAUAUUUUAUUUUAUUCAAGGUCUAGUGUAUAUACAUGGGAACAUAUUCUUAUUAUUAUCCCACCUAUUUUUGUUUUAUUUAUUUUGAUUCCACUUAGUUUAUCAUCAAUGACAUUAAUUCGAUAUGUAGAUAAAGACAGAUUGGAUGAUGUUGUAAAAUCAAUUAUUUUCCAAUCAAUUUCAAAUAAAUUUAAUAAACGCCAUUUAUUUAGAGCAGUUGCUUCAAGAGAAAAAGAUAAAAUGAAUGUUCCAGAUAAAGAAAUGGUUGAUGUAUUUAAAAAUAGAUAUCUUGCAACUAACAGUACACAUAAUAUUGAACAACUUACUAUUUUAAGUGAAAUUUUAGGAACUAUGACUGAAGGUGUUGAUAAGAAGAAAGGUUUAAAUAUAAGAAAAUUUGGUGAUAUUACAAUGAUUAAUUCUGCUUCUGGAGAUGUUAUUAUUAGAGGAGCUGAUCCAAAUAUGUUAGAAGAAGUGCUUAAAGAUGCAAGGAAAUAUCAAAAGAAAGAAUCAAAUGAACAAGUAGAAAUGGAGUCUGGUCCUGUUGCUAUUAAUGAUGUCUAUUCAAAACAAAUAAAUGGUAGUAUAGAAAAAGAAGAGGCAAUUGUCCAACCAACAGAAACAAAAGAUGUUAUUGAUAAUUCAUCAGUUCAAAUAGACCGAAACAAUAAAAUACCUAUCUAUAAUGAACAUACAGAAAUAGAAAUGAAAGAAAGUAUUCCAAGAGUUAUUUUAAGUGAUUCUUGCAAAACAAAUCAAAGUACUGGAACAGAUUCUUCUUCUUCAAGUCAGAUCUUAACUUCUUCAAGUUCUGAAGAUGAUGGUGAUAAUGAUAAGACAGAACAACAAACAAUUCCAAAACAACCUAAAGAUUAUAUUUUAGUUCAAAAAAUAGCUCAACCAACAACUCAUUCAGUGUUAAAUGUAGAUGAUGUAGAAAUACUUGAUAUGAGUGAUGAAGCAUAA